AUGGGAUUAUUUCGGUGGAUUACUAAGCAGCAGCGCUUGGUUGGCAAAAUGAUACAAGAGCUCAAAUUUCUGCGAAAGUCCUCCUUGUGCCAAGGAGGAGCAAAAAUGUUUGAGGAUGAACCCAUUCCAAUAGUACCUAAUCUUUUGAGGGGCGAUACCGGGGAAGACGCAAAAUCUCGUAGGGUAUGGAACAGGGAUAAAUGGAUGGAUUCUGUACUAGCUCUUGCUGUCGAUCGAGAAGGUCGAGCAGAGCUGUGUUCAAGGACGAAAAAUCUUGGCGAAGUUGUGGGCAGACCGCCGAUUAAGUAA